AUAUAUUGCACUUUUCAAAGAGCCUUUGAUCCUCUGAAGUAAAGCUACUUGGCGAUGAUGGUGUCAUGACAAAAGCUAUAAUCUGAAUCUGUUUCCCUGAAAACAAUAAUAUAUAAUAACAUGACUUCCUCUUCUUAAGGAGACACUCUCUUCAGAGAAUAUUCACAAAGAAAUAAACUAAAAGAGUAAACCAUAGAAAAAUGCAAAAUCAUGUGUGUCAACUGCCUUUGAACAGCUCCACAGACAUGGCUGAGUCUGACAGGUUGAUCUUAAAUGGCCAUGAUAACCUGAACUCCAUAGAGAGUGCUGAAGGAGCUCAGGACCCGUUCUUUGGUUUCAUUAACACACACCAAAAUCUCAGUCCUUUUGAAAUAUACGAGUCCACGCUCAUGUAUGAAGAGGACGGUUCACAGCACCCUCUGGUGCCGAGUCCUGAAACAACACCACAAGAUUUAACAUUAAGUCCAGAUUCUAUCACUCUGAUGGAGGAGCAGUUCAUCCUCUCCAAUGCUGAGUGUUUCGAGGGAGAUGACUUACCUGAAGUCACAGCCAGAGAGAUCGACCUUCUGAUGCAUCAACCGGACCAGUUCUACAUAGAGAUGGAGGAACAGCAGACCAGAGACGGGACCAGGGAUCUGAUAGGAGAAAUGUCUUUCAUUGACCAGCUGAAUAGAAUAGUUGCAGAAGCAGAGCAGGAUGAUGUGGAAGAAAGGGUGUUUUGGAAAGGAGACCAUCCUGAAAAAUAAAAGUGAAGAUUGAUUAAACUAGGUCCAUACUUUUGUUUUUAUAAGAAUUUAAUUUAUUUAGCAAUAACUUGUAUUGUUCUCAGGUAAUUUUCUCUUUUACAAUUGUUUUUGUUGUAUUUGUUAUUAUGUUUUUUUUCUCUUAAUCAGAGGUCAAAUGUAGAUAAAAAUAGCAAGCUUACAAAGAAAAUCUGUGGAAAAAAUGUAGCUGUAAAUGUGUUUUUAUUUUCCUACAUAUAGACUAUUGUAAUAGCUUGAGUUCAGGUUUAUUUUAAACACCUCAAAUUUUUCUUCAGCCAUUUAUGCUAAAUAAGAGUGUCACCAAAUAAAAAAAUAGGAUUUUGUAUGUAUUUUCAACAACAUAAAAAAAGCCUAAUUGCUACAAGUGGGAUAUAAUGCUUAUAUACGGAAUAAGAUGGGAGAAGAUUAGUUUAUUUAUCAUUUAUUUAUAUAAACUGUGAUUGCCAUAUCAUGUACGUUGUAAAGUUGCUAUGAUGUUAUUUAGGUUAACUUGUUUUUUUUUUCCUUGUGUAAAUUAAAUGACUUUGAAAUGCUGUUGACUCUGAAAUGCCAAUGCUGUUGGUCACAUAUUGUUCUUUGCCCGUAUCUAAAUCAGUGUAAGGUUCAGAUGAAAUUGUUACAUUUUCUGUUUGUGAAACCAGACUGAGAUGUCACACAGACAUCGGACCAACAAAAACAACCAGUGGCUGUUCAUACUGCAGGAACACACUCUGAGCUGAGAACUAAAGGUUGCACUGACGACAGAGGGCUGAACAUUUGUUGUCUUUCCAUCGACUUAUCUCUUUACCAUUGUUUCAGUUAAUUAAACUCCAGCUCUGCCAUCCUUUACUGGCUGUUUAAGCCAAAAGGAUUAGUGAUCCAUUAUUUUUACUGCCUCUUACUGCUCCUUCUGUUCAUCUGCAGUGUAAUUAACUCUGUGGCACCAUCAUUACUUCUCUGUAUUUCUGUUCAAACAAUGCAACACGGUUAUAUGAUGUGUUGUUUCUCAAUGUGUGGUUGGGGUUAUGGUCUUCUUGUUUAUUUUUUGCUCAGCUCUCCGGUGCUACCUGUUAGUCAGAUAUGGUACAACCUGUCACAACAAACAAGUAGUACUUCUGGCAUGAAUAUUCUCAUUUACAUUCUUCACACAAGGAUGUAAAAUUGACUUGACUUAACCAGCAGAGGUCUCUUAUGUCUCCUUUGAGUCUUUGCAGACCCAUAGAACAAACUGCAUUACUGCAGCAGGGAAAGAAAAACAAAAGUUGCUGAUGCAGUGACGCCUGUGGAACACAGAAAGUCGAACUGAAACAAACAUCUUUGAAACACUUGAUGAAACACUUGAUUUGUUGUGGCUUCACAUGGAAUGUGUUGCGUUGGGACACGGCCCCCAUCGAGCAACAACAACGUGAGUUGAAGUGUCAUUAGUUUUCAUCUCACGGGGCCCUACCAUUUACACCGAGUACAUACUUUUGUGAUGCUGAAAUAACGGCACGUCGUGAUGACCCCAUAAAUCAAGCUCGACUUCUCAAACAUGAACAUUACGUCUCAUUAAACAGCCAUAAAUCUGCAGUGCACUUUGAAAGUGCAAUAAAAUGACAUAGUGAUGUGUCAUCGUGGAUUUUACUCUCGUCCUGUGACAUAAAUCCAGUUUUUAUUAUUUAUUUGAAGGCUAUAAGAAUUAAGAUCCAGUAUUAAUUUAAUUGAGGGCAGAAAUACAAAUUAACUUCUGAUGUCAGCCACAUAUCCACUCAAACACACACACACACCAACUGUCCAUCACCACAGUGUAAUAAACCUCACAGCUGAGCGACACAUAACACACAUCCUCACCAGCUGCUUAUAUCAGGCAGGAGGUCCAGAGCGACGUCUGUGUGAGGCGGAUACUUCCCAGAAGGCUUCAACAUCAGUGGGAGCAGAGCUUUGAAUCAUCAGACCUGAGAAGGAGAAGACGGCAGAUCACUGUUGGCAUCAACACGCAACGUUAAUCCAGAAGGGACAGAAGUGAAGGAAAACUACACAAUUUUCCAUUUUGGGAAUAUAGGGGGGGAAAGAAAAAGUCAAGCUGGCGGCAGAUGAGGAAAAGAGCUUGUUGGUGGAGGAGGAGGAGGAUCAGGCCAGCAGAGGAUCAGA